UUAUCAGGCGUAGCCUUGACUAGUUAAUCAAGACACAUAUUUUACUUGUUUGAGCUGUUAUAUACAAAUCAAAAAUAUCUGGAAAAUUUAAAUGUUCAAUGGUAAAUUAGUUCCAUCAGCACUGACUGAAGGAUAAUGUUCUUCGACUGGAGCUCAACUGACUUUAAGCCCGACGAAUGGAAGUAUUACCCGCUUGCAUAUAGACAUGAUAUGAGCUAUGAUAUUGAUGACCUUAACUGUACUUUGCCGGCCAUCGUGGAGUUCCCUAACCUUAUGCGACAAAAAAGUUGGAUAGCAAUCGUAGUGUCAUCUUUGGUCAGCAUGUACCUUUUUGUCAUCCUAGCGAUUGUGUGUGACGAUUAUCUAGUGCCAGCCAUGGAGCGCCUUUGCUACACCCUGCGCAUGACCUAUGAUGUGGCGGGAGCCACUUUUCUAGCGGCUUCCACAUCGGCACCGGAACUGUUUGUAAACUUUGUGGGAACUUUCGUCACUAAGGGCGACAUCGGACUUGGCACUAUCGUGGGAUCUUCCGUGUUUAAUGUCCUGGUAAUUGCAGGAGUUUGCGGCAUAUUUACUCAACCGACCAAACUGGAUUGGUGGCCGGUGACCAGAGACACAGCCUGGUACCUCAUAGCCAUAGCGUCGCUCACAUAUGUGUUGUAUGAUUCGUUGGUUACGUGGUAUGAGGCUUUUGCCUUUUUACUACUAUACAUUGCUUAUGUCAUUCAAUUGUCCUUUGACCGUAGGAUCCAAAAUUUGGUUCGACAUGAUCAUGCUGAGUCGGAGCUGUUGGACGAAGAUCCGAUGACCCGCGAAGAAGAGCCGCUGAAGGGAUUUCGCGACCACGUGUGUGCGAAACCCCAAACGGAAUCCAAUUUUUGCCAGUGGACCUGGUGGGCCGUCAAAUAUCCGGCAGAAUUGAUGCUUGCCUGCACUGUUCCCAGUGUUAGAUCCAUCUUCUUCCUUUCCAUGAUUUCUGCCGUCCUUUGGAUUUCCUUGAUAUCCUACCUUCUUGCUUGGUUUCUCACAAUUUUGGGGUACAACCUCAAAAUUCCAGACGCGAUCAUGGGCCUUACUGUAUUGGCCGCCGGCACUAGUGUCCCCGAAGUAGCGUCCUCGUAUAUUGUGUCCAAAAAAGGAUAUGGGUCAAUGGCCAUCUGCAAUGCCAUUGGGUCGAACACAUUCGACAUUUUUGUAUGCCUAGGUCUACCCUGGCUUCUGAAAAUCCUUAUAUACCAGCAAAAGAUCGAGAUCGACUCCACGGCCCUUACCAUCACCACGGCCAUGCUAGUGAUAACUGCCGCCGUUCUCUAUUUGGGUCUUCUGGCAAGUAGGUUUGUGAUGGGCAAGAUCGUCGGAUAUCUCAGCAUAAUCUUCUAUGUGCUUUUUCUGAUUAUCGCCUGUACACUAGAGAUAUUAUUGAACAAAGAAAACAUGUGCGACAUCGAGGAUCCAAGUGGAUUUUUUGGAUAAGCAGUAAGUUAAUUGAGCCUAAUUAAGGAAAAUAAACUUUUGAAAUGAGAAGGUAAUGGAAACAGGAAUUAUCCCCACCCUUUAUUAUAAACAUUUCGUUUUUGCUAGUAGAGUGAUCGGGUAACAGGAACAGUUGGAUCAAUUGAAAAUAGUUGAAAGAAGUCAUAGUUUGGAUGUUUUUUUAUCAAUAUCUGAUCUUAUUCGCUAUAUACCACUACUUUUAAUUAUAUAAAUAUUGCAGCGUUCUUUUAUCGUUGUGUGGCAUUCUUGGUGCAAGCCUAGUAAGGGGUCUUUCGUUACUUCAUAUUUUCUGACUCCGCGAUCUUGAGCAUGAGCAACUUUAUAAGAAAAAAGCGUUAGGAUAAUUAUACCAGUUACUCGUAGAGUAAGAGGGUAUACUAGAUUCGUUAAAAAGUAUGUAACAGGCAGAAGGAAG